AUGCCCGCCGCCGCAGACAUGUCGUCCCUCAACGGCUCCUACACGGCGACCCUGAGUCCCACGGUCGCCUCCUCCGAAACCACUGCCACCUUCCCUCCGCACAUGCUCGCCAGCUCCAUCUCGUCUCUCUCGUCGUCGACCACAUCGCGCCAGUCGUCCCAGAUAUCAAAGACCUACCGCCAGGCCUCUACUCUGUUUCUCACGCGUCGUCUGCCCGAGGCCCUGUCGACCAUCCUGCCAUUGAUUACCCCGCCGCCGGGACAGUCGGACGGCGGCGUAACCGAACCCGCGCCCGUUGCGAGGGCGUCGCGAUCCACGAGGAUCAAGGUCUGGAGCCUGUAUCUCACGACGCUCAACGCAAUCGUCGAACUGGAGCCGGACGAGGGGAAGGAUGCGUUCGGGAGCCAGGAGUGGCGGUCGCUGUGCUCCAAGGUCAGGGACGGGGAGGUGUGGGAGGAGGUCGUACGCAACGGAUACCACGGCGUCGAGAGCGAUGUCGACUCGGAUGUCGUAAUAAACCUCGCCACGCUCUUACUAGCCCACGCCCGGACACAGGAAUUGAAUCAAAGAAAGCUGGAGAGCUAUCUUGCCGCAUCCGCCUCGCCAAACCUGGACCUCUCCAAGAGGUUCUCCGACUCGCCGUCGUCGCCUUCGCCACGGCCGAAUCGGCGCCGGUCUCCGGCGAAGCCCACGAGUGGAGCGGAUACGCCGAGGGACCUCAACGCGCGGGUCAAGAUCCUCGAGCUGUACACGCUGCACGUUCUGAUCCGCAACAACGAAUGGGAUUAUGCCCGCGAGUUCAUCAGCGUGAGCUCGGUCCUGGACGACGAGCGCCGGGAAGCGUUCCUGCAGGCCCUGCAAAGCCUGCAAGAGGAACAGCAAGAACAGGAGAGGCAAGAGUCGGAAGAGCGUCGUCGGCAGGAGGAGCAACUGCGGCGCGACAUUGACGAGGCGAAGAAGCUGCGAGCCGAAAACGAAGAAAGAGAACGCCGAAGGUUAGAGGAAGAGAGGGCGCGGAGGGAAGGGGCCGAAGGGGACUACGGCAUCGAGAAGACGCCGAGCAAAGCAGGCUCGAGCAAGGCGGGAUCGAGCAAGGGACGCCAUGCGAGAGCCGUUUCCAACGCUUCGGGAUCCAACAACGCGAACCCGAAAAUGCCCGUCUCCCGGGCAAAAGGCAAAACGCCGGCCACGCCCACGCUCGGGACGAGGGCGUCGAUGGCCUUGUCUCGCGUGCGCGAGCUGAUAGACCAGCUGGGGGCAUCAUUCAAGACGAACCCCAUGCUGCUGAUGCGGUUGGUGGCCUUCAUUUUGGGAUUGGUCGUCAUGUUUGGACAGAAGAACGUCCGGGAACGGAUACAGCGAGUGCUUGGUAACGGUUGGAACAAGGUCAAGGCGACUGCGGGAAUGGGAGUCAAGGUUAGCUACAUAUGA